AAAUGGUAAAUAUUGAAUUUCAGCAUGCAUGGGAGCUCUAGCAAUGGGUACCGUGAUGGGUUGGACUGCAAAUAUUUCCGAAGAUAUGAAGCAGUACACCUUUAAUGGAAUUGAUAUUGAUGACGAUAGUGUUGGAUGGAUUGGGUCGUUUGCAACUCUAGGAAAUGCAGCAUCUUGUAUACCAAUAGCGCUCUUCUGCAAUAUUGUUGGAAGAAAACGGGCAAUGAUUUGCCUUACUCUACCUUUUAUGGUUGGAUGGUUCCUUAUUAUAUUCGCGAAGUGGCUGUGGAUGAUGUACUUGGGACGGUUUUUGACGGGAUUUGCAGGAGGGGCCUUUUGCGUUGCUGCACCGAUCUACAUAAGCGAAAGUACCGAGAAAACUAUACGAGGAGCUUUGGCUAGUUACUUUGAACUGAUGCUUACUAUAGGAAUUUUGAUAGCGUACAUUUUUUCAAUGUUCCUUGAGAUGAAAGUUUACACAAUUACUAUGGCUAUGUUUCCCAUGCUGUUUGCAAUUGCGUUCGCCUUCCAGCCAGAAAGUCCCAUUUUCUACCUCCGACAAAACGACCUGGAAAAUGCUAAGAAUUCCCUGAUUCGUUUGCGAGGAAAGUAUUAUGACGUGGAAAAGGAAUUGGAAGGUCUGAAACUUGACCUGGGAGAACAACUGCAGAAGAAGGUGCCAUUUUGUGUAUCAAUUAAAAAGAAAGCAGCGAAGAAAGCUAUCUUCAUCAGUUUGGCAAUGAUGAUACUUCAACAAGUCAGCGGUAUAAACGCGGUAGUUUUCUACACGGCGGCCAUAUUCGACUCAACGGGUGUUCACAUCGACUCAAAAGUGUCGACAUUAAUUCUGGGAGUUCUCCAACCGAUCGCCACUUUUCUAUCCACAUUCGUCGUUGACCUAUUAGGCCGUAGGAUAUUGCUUAUCACUUCAAAUCUCGGAGUCGGAAUCUCAGUAGCAGUUUUAGCCGUAUUUUUUACGUUGCAAAACGCAAACGUCAUUGACGGAGAGACAUUGCACAUAGUGGGAUUUGUGCCUCUCGUUUCGCUUUGCGUGUAUUGUGUCACAUACUCAUUCGGGAUGGGCCCGUUAUCAUGGGUGCUUGCAGCCGAGUUAUUUCCCCCGGAAAUUAAUAGUAUCGGAAGUGCUUUGGCGGGAAGUACCAGUUCGAUUUGUGCCUUUCUAGUGACGAAGUUCUAUUUCAAUUUGCAGUCCUCGAUUGGAGGUGACGGUACGUUCUAUAUAUUUGCCGCUAUGGCGUUCCUGGCAGUAUUUUUUGUGUACUUUUUUGUACCGGAAACAAAAGGGAAAACCCUUGCUGAGAUACAAGAUGUUCUUAACGAAAAGACUGAUGGUAAAUGGUGCAAGUACCAGAAUAGUGGUGUUAGUUAG